AUGAUUACAUUGGUAAAUCGGCUACGGUCGACCUUCUGGCCUCGCACCGGUCAACCCACCGCAGAAGCAAACGAUCAACGAGAAGAUGUUCUUGUCAAGAACCAAGAUCGGACACUUCUGGGGCCUGAAAGUCCUGCCGCACUGCAAUUGGAUAAACUCCAGGGCGACAUUGAGAAGAUCCGGGAACUAUGCAAAGUCUCGUCCAUUUGUUACGCCGUUUUCCACCGCGGUCAUUUCCUAGAUGGGAGUGUAGGCUUAUGCGACAGGGAAAAUAGUCGCUCUCCUGACCGUCACACACUCUAUACACUCUGCUCGAUUUCCAAAACCUUCGUUGCUGCUUGUAUUGGCAUCUUAGUUGAGGAGCGCAAAGUAGAAUGGACAGAUACGUUGGAGAAGCUCUUGCCGGAGUAUUUGCCACCAGGAGAUGACAAGCGUGUCUCGACUGAAGCGACGCUCAACGACUUUUUCAGACAUUCUAGUGGGCUGGGUAAUCCUGUUGUCACAUGGCUAGGACCUAAGGGAAAGGUUCUAGUCGCGGAAAGGGGAUUCAUAGAGCUGCUCAAUGAUACACCAGUCGGUCCUUUUCGGUCCCAUUGGGAAUACAGUAACAUUGGGAUUGGCAUGAUGGCUUUGAUCGUCCAAAAGGUCAGCGGUCAGAGAUUUGCUGACUUCCUUCGGGAGCGCAUUCUGCGCCCUUUGGGAAUGGAUGACACGGCAGUGUCUAAAUCUGACGUCUUGGAAAGUUGCAACACGGCUCAUCCAUAUGUUCAAUUGGGAGAUGCUAAGUGGGUCAAGGUUGAGCACGAGUGGACAUCGGAAGACCAUACUCCCAUUCUUGGAAUGAUUGGGAUCAGAAGUUCAGUGAAAGAUCUCACUAUAUGGGGCAUUGCAACCAUGGCCGCGCAGAAGUACACGCCGUUCGAAUCGUCACGGCAGGAAAUCGAGGUUCCAUUCUCAAAAUCACCAAUACAAAACCCUUUGCGACAGAUGCGUGCCAUUUUGGACGAUUGGUAUUGGACUCGACCGCACGAAGAUCCUCAUCAGAACACUUCUCAGUAUCACCUCAGUUGGAUGAAGGUGGAGAUGCCAUCUAUGAUGACACAUUGGGGUUCUUAUAACAGCAAAUUAGCGGACAAUGCGGAGUUACGGGAUCAAUCAUACAUUGAUCAACACAUUCUUGGGCAGCAUUCUCCACGCCAAAAAUUAAUCAAGUCGGUUGGCCUGGGAUACUGCUGUGCCAAUACUCUCCAGCUAUACCCAGACUCAGGUUCUGUUAUCGUUGUACUUAGCAAUGGAUUGAAUCUGGGAGAUGCAGCCGACUUCACGGCUUCGAUCCUGUCACAAGAUAUAUUCAAACUCACACCUUCUGUUGACAUCCUAGGCAUGGCCAAAGAUGAGUGCGGGGAGCGUCUCAGAAUCUACGAAAAAAUGAUGGCCAAGUGGAAGCAACAUCGGGAUGUGUCAGAACCAGAGUCUUCCCUUGAUGACUACAUUGGAGACUAUCGUUUAUUAGGAUUGACAUUAUCAGUUCGCCGAUCCCCCAAGUUACGGACUCUGGAACUGUGCUUCAAUAAUAGAGAGGAGAUUGUACAGUCUCUUGAGUACUACAGCAAGGACAAGUAUAGUUACAUGCCAAGGUCGAGGGAUGAAUGGCUGCGAGGCGCCUGGCUUGACUGGGAUUACUACCUGGUGGGCAUUUUGGAUUUCGUCAGGGACGCUAAAAACCAGGUUAUUGGCGUGAAGUGGAUGUACAAUGACUGGACGCCGGCUGUUUUCUUUAAAAGAGCGUAG